AGAUCAGGAAAACUGUGCUGGUUGACUUGAAGUCACUGCUCUGUUUUAUAAAGUCCUCCGAGGCCAUAAAGCAGUUUCCGCUUCUCCAAAACCCUAACCCAUCCAGUUGCUCUCUCUAUAUUAUUUGAACAGCAGUAUCACCGUCCGUCUUCUCUCUUUGCAUCCUGCGCGUCGGAAGUUCUUCCACAGGUAUUGGUGCGGCUGGCUUCAGGCUGCAGGAAUGGACAAGCUGAAUAUGGUUAAGGAAGCGAUGGAAACGGUGGGCGCGAGCAUUGGUCUUGCUCGAACGGUCGGUUCUUUCACUAAUGUUGGUGGGAAGAUGGAUAACCUUCAUCAAAAGCUGGAGAGACUAACUGGCAGGGAAUCUGACAUCCUUACGGAAGUUCAAUAUGCAGAAUCAAGGCUCGGACAAAAAAGGAAGAGAGAAGUUGGGGACUGGCAGAUAAAUGUCCAGAGAUUAAGGGGCGACAUCUCGGGAUUAGAACCACGAGUUGCAGAAGGGGGAGUUCGUCAACGGGUAAGCUUGGUGAAUCAAAUAAACCAAUUGACCACGAAGGCGGAGGAACUUAUAGAGCAAGGUGGAUUUUCUGGUGGGCUCACACAUGCCGAAGAAGAUACCAGGGCAUAUGAGUUGGUGACUAAGGAGUUAGUUGGUGAGGCUUCCGGACAAAAUCUAAAUAAAGUGCUGUCUCGUUUGAUGGAAGAUGACGUAUUGACCAUCGGCAUUUAUGGUAUGGGUGGAGUUGGAAAAACAACCCUUGUCACCCAUAUCCAUAACCGUCUCCUAGAAGAGGCAAGCACUUCGAGGAAAGUAUUCUGGGUGACAGUGUCCCAAGAACGUGAUGUUCUCAAGUUGCAACAAAUGAUAUCGGAAUGUUUUAACCAUGCCCUGAGAGAGAAGGAAGAUAAGCUCAAACGGGCUGCUGAAUUGUCACACUUACUGAUGAGAGAAAGCACUGUCAUCAUUUUAGAUGAUCUAUGGCACACUUAUGAUCCGCAGGAGAUUGGAAUUCCGCUUGGUGUGGAUGCAUGUAAGUUAAUUCUAACAACUCGGUCCUUGGACAUAUGUCGGCAGAUGGAAUGCGAUGAACUGAUCAAGUUAGAGUCGCUUCCUGAAAAUGAAGCCUGGCAACUGUUUGUAAAAAAUCUUGGACGGAGAGUUGUUUUCACUCCUGAAGUAGAAAGUGUUGCGAAGUCUGUGGCAAAGGAGUGUGCAGGAUUGCCUCUUGGGAUCGUGGUGGUUUCCGGAAGUAUGCGAGGGAAGGAGGAAAUUCACGAGUGGAGAAGUGCCCUGAAAGAGUUGAAAGAAGCAAGGUUUGAAGGUAAAGGCAUGGAAGAUAAGGUAUUCCGAAUAUUAAAGUUCAGUUUCAUUCGCCUGAAUGAUCCAGUCGUGCAACGGUGUUUCCUGCACCUGGCACUGUACCCUGAGGAUUUUAAAAUUUUAACCACAGACUUGCUGCGAAAUCUUGUUUAUCUCGAUUUCUUUAGUGACUUGAAAAGUCUUGAAGCACAGUAUGAUAGGGGUCACACCAUUAUGAAUAAAUUAGUCAACGUGUGCUUGCUGGAAAGAUCAUGGAUAUCCGAAAUCGAAUUUUUGAAGAUGCAUGAUUUAGUUAGGGACAUGGCAAUCAAUGUGAUGGGCUCUCGAUGCAUGGUGAAAGCGGGGCUAGGUUUGAGCACACUUCCAGCGCAGGAAGAAUGGGUUAAGGACCUAGAGAAAGUGUCCUUGAUUAAAAAUUCAAUAGAAGAAAUCCCAGCAGCGAAACAGCAAAGUUGGGCUCUGCCUCGACUUUUGGAACUUCAUAUGAGUCGAAAUCAUUCCUUGGGAAGCAUAGAUGGUUCAUUCUUUAGUUGCAUUCCCACCCUUCAAGUUCUAGACCUUUCCCACACGAUGAUUGAGAUGUUGCCCAGCUCAAUCUCUAACCUGGUGAACCUCACGCAUUUGUUAUUGCGUUUUUGUCGCAAUUUACGGCACAUGCCUUCAUUGGCAAAACUGAAGGCAUUAAGAACGUUGGAUCUCUAUGAAAGUGGGAUUGAAGAAGUCCCUGAAGGGCUGCGGGAAUUGGUGAAUUUAAGAUGCCUGGAUUUUUGCUCUUCAGGACUAAAGCAAUUGCCUCUGGGAAUUCUGCCAGAACUCUCUAAUCUGCAAACCCUUUAUCUUAAGGGUCAGCGCAACAGCUUGACAGUACAGGCUCGGGAAAUAAUGAGUUUGAGCAAGUUGGAGAAGCUGAGUUGCAAGUUUGGCGAUGUCCAAACCUAUGACUCGUAUGUGGAACAUUUACAGGUUGGCGGUCCCAAGGAGUGGGAACUAGAGUUAGUUGAAGGUCCUUCGGGUAAAAAUCUUCUCCUUAGGAGUCUUCCCAAUUUCAGUAGAACAGUGAGGCUACAUGGGUUUUGUGUCAGAGGAGAUGGACUUAAACUCCCCGCCAUGCUCCCAAAAGAUGUUCAGCACUUGGAGAUCCGAGGUGCAGUUGAUGGGCUUAAGAGCUUGACGGACAUUCCAAGCAUAACAAACUCCAAACUGAAGAGGUGCACACUGGGGGAAAUACAUGGCAUGAAGUAUGUGGUGUCAGUGUCGCAAUCCUCAUCUUCUUUUCUUCCAAGCCUAGAGUUUCUAGAACUCAUAGGCAUGAAGGAUCUACGUGCGCUAGCUGAGAAAGAACUCUGUGCUGCUACGCCUGCAGUCCCAGGAGUGCUACAUGAAGGUAACAAGUUUUGGGGUCUCAAGGGACUCGAAAUCUCUGAUUGUAAGAAAAUGAAGAGGCUCCUGACGCAUGUGUUGCUACCCCUCCUUGCAAACCUGGAGAAGCUUCUUAUCGUAGGCUGUGAUCAAAUGGAGGAGGUCAUAGAAAUGACGGAAGUAGAUAUUGAGUGUCAGGGCGAGGGGGAAACCAGUGGGAGCUAUACGAGGAGUGAGGCCAAUCAUGUUCAUCUCGCUUCCCCUCCAUCCCUCAAUAAGAUGAAGACCUUACGGUUAUGGCGUCUUCCUGCACUAAAAAGCAUAUGCAGGGCGACAAUAAGCUGUCCUUCUCUCCAAAGAGUAUCCCUAAUCAAUUGUCCGAAGCUAGCAUGCACCUCUCUCCUUGUGCAACUCCCUCGAGAUGGGGAACCUCCUUCUAAUUGUCUACAAGAACUUAAGAUUCAAAUAGGUGAGUGGGAAUCAGCGGUGAUGUGGAACCAUCCCCUUUCCAAGUCCUUGCUUGACCCGUGAGUCAGAGACGAGUAGUGCAAGAGAAUUGGGUUUUUCUUCGGUGAUGUAGGUACAUUAUGCACGCACUUCACCGCAACUGUUGGAUUGUUAAAUUGUGCGGGUCAUGUAGGACACGCACGAUCCAAGGGAUGUGAUACUGUCCAACUCAUGUAUGGCGCAUACGAUACACUAGUGAAUACAUAUCUUGUCCGUAUCUAUAUAUAUUAAUGAAAGUGAGUGAAGUUCAAGUGUGAUCGUGCCACGUAGCUCAACCGCAUGUGAACUUUACCUAUUUUGGGGUUGCAUCAUUUUUUUUUGUC